CCACUACUAAAAAACAUCUGAAGCAAAAUAAUGUGACGUUACAUACAAGAUAACAAGAAAGUAAAAGAUAAUGACGUAGACGUUAACCACGUGAUGGACUUUCAAACAAAUGAAAAGCAGAAGAAUUGGUGUAUGGAGUGUUAGUGAUAAAUCAUUGUUUGAAACUCGCUUUUCAUUAUCAGUCUUUAAAUUUACUUAAAUGUGGAAAAUGGCAGCACGAAACAAUGGAUAUUUUUUAAUUAAUUGGACUAUUAAAGGAUGUAAGUUUGAGAAGGACUUUUCCUAUAUGUGUCCCACAUUUAAAGCUGAAAGUUUAGGAGACAGUGAGUGGGUAUUAAAUGUUCACGAGAAAAAAAAUUACAUCUUCUGUUUUCUUGCCCUGCUUGACUACGAAGCAAUGAAUAAGAAUACAGAUUUGAAGUAUCGGUUUGAACUGAUUAAUUCCAUGGGCACAAUUUUAAAAUCAUCAGAGGAUUUUACUCUUAAUUUAGAAAAAUCAACAACUACAAUGAAUUAUAAUUUAAUUGAUAUCAAAGAGCUAAUAAACGAAGAAUCCAAAUGUACUGAAAAAAAUUUAACUCUACGAUGUCACUUGGCAUAUGCACAAGCUGGAUUUUUACUGUUGUCGAGCGAUUUUGCGUUCAUAAAUUGUGAAGCUGAAACAAGGAUAACUGGGUAUAGCGAGUCAUUUAACUGGAAUUUUCAGUUUACUGACUUUAAAAACUGGACAGCAAUGGAGCGUAUAAAUGUCGGAACCAUACCGUUAGAUUUAAGAAUAAGUUUUAAGUAUACUACUGACAGAAUUCAAAUUGAAUUUUCAUCCAAUAUUAACGAUAGCUGGGAACACAAAUUCCGGUGCACUGUAAUCCUGACUAAUGCCAGUAAUAAGAAAGUAUUUGAAAAAACCAGUUGGUAUACCAUUAGUAAAUGCACCGAAACAUUGCCUGUAGCACCUUUUUUUUCGAAACGACAUCUUAACAAAGCCGAAUGCUUCGAACGAGGAGAAAUAAGAGUAAAUUUUCAUUUUAAGCAUAAUCAAUCUAAUAAAUUAAAUUAUUGUAAAAAUCUGGAAGAGAACAAGAAUUUGAAAUUGAAAAGCGGUGACGACCCUCUCCAAUUGCUCCAGAAUGCUAACCCUAAUGUAGUUGAGGAUAAAAGUGGACACUUGACCAAGAGCAGUGAAUUAAAACAUAGUGACUAUCAUCCUCCAUCGAUCCCUGAUGGAGUUGAUAAUGAAAAUCCUGAUUAUAAAAAUGGAUGUUGGACCAAGAACAGUGAAUCGAAAAGUUGUGAUAACGAGCCUCAUUUUAUUCCAAACGCACACUCAGACGUAGUUUUCGUUACUGAUUGUAUUUCACAUUUGCACCGAGACCUUUAUAAUUUGUUGAUGGACAAAACCUUUGCUGACGUUAAAUUGCGUGUUAAUAAUGAAAUAAUACCUGCCCACAAAGCAAUUCUGGCAAUCAGAUCACCAGUAUUCAGGGAAGUGUUUGAGAAAGGCAGACCAUAUUACAUAGAGGGGUCCAGUCAUAGACCAUUGUCCACUGCUCAGAAAGUAGUCGAGACUAUUGUCAUACCAGAUGAUAUUGUAGACAUUCCUGAUGUUGAAACCAAAACUUUGAAGUCUUUAGUAGAAUACAUAUAUACUGGUAAAAUCAGUGAAAUGGACGAAGAAAAAGCCAUAAGCUUGUUAUUUGUUGCAAAAAAAUUUCAGGUUGAGCCAUUGGUAAAGAAAUGCUUGAAAUAUCUAAAGUUUGUUUUGUCUGUGGAAAAUGCUUGUAAAUUGUUAUUGAUUGCUGACAAAGAAAAUCAAGAGGAGUGGAAAUCCUAUGUUGCGAACUUCAUCCUGAAAAAUUCAAUGAAAAUAUUAUCGUCAUCCAAAUGGUCCCAGUUGAUAAUAGCAAAUGCUGGCUUGGCGAAGGAAGUGCUUACUAAAUUGAAAGUUGCAACUAAAGAGGAAUCAAUGCCUGGAAGUUCGAAAGAAGUUAGUUUGCCACCUGUUAUUCGACAGCAGAAUAAUCUUGAUGCUGGAAGUUCGAACUCGACGAUGCCUGAACCAGAAGGAAGACAGAUGAUUACACCAUGAAAAAUUAUAUAUCUUUACUUCUAAGUAUAUAUUCCUGCAUUAUGUUAGUCCUGUAAUUACUCUAAUAAAGUAUUUUUUAAA